AUGACGCGUAACACCCGCAGCUCUACCAUCUGCGAGUGGGCACUUGGAGUCAGCGUCGAGGAAUACUGCAACUCUAUUGAGCGGCGCAGACGCAAGAAGUCCAGCAGCAGACAACGAAUCUGCGUCGAGAUUUCCACUGACGACGAAUCCGAGGAGGAUACUGUCAAAAUCACGUACCCGCGCGCCGAUCGCAGAAAGGACUCUCCGGGCUCCGGCUCCAAGAAGGUCCGUUUUGAGAAGGCCUCAAAGAAGCCUGCGCUUCAGGCUGUAGACGCAGAAGCUGAGUCCAAAGGUGAUACCGAGAUCCAGGGUGACAAAAAUAAAUCGGAUAAGGCAGAUGACACAUCGGCAUCUGAGUCGGAAGCUAAGGCGAAGAAGAAGAGAGGUGUCAAGGCCGCCAAGAAGAAGGUAGUGGAUUCUUCGUCCGAAAGUGAGACUGAUGAGACUGAGGAUGACACGCCGGCACCUUCUAAGAAGAAGACACAAGAAAAGACGAAGGACAGUGUCAAAAAGUCAUCCAAGACCAAGGGCAGCGCUACUCCAGCCGAUGCUGAGCCCAACAACGUCGGCCCUACUGUCAAAAAAGUCCGAAAGAAUGGAGGAGCGAAGACGAACGAGACCAAGAAGGUCGACAAGCCUCAGAAAGUAAUGCCCGAGGCGGCGUUGUCUCCUCACCUGCGCCGACCCAAUCUCAUUAUGCCCAUUCGCGCGGAGGUCGUCCAAGUUGAGCACACCAUUGAGGGCGUCGAAGAUCCUCGACCCAAUGCUUUCCACGACCCUCAGAACGGUGUUGUCCGAGUCUAUCAUGGACCAGCUUACGGUAAUCCUUACGGCUUGCUCUAUCCUUCUCGCGACCCAAACAAUGCUCCUUUGCCGAUGGGCGUCCCCCAUCCCCUACAGAACCCCUAUUUCUACGGUUUCGCCAACCCCUCAAACCCCGGAGAUAACCACUUCAAGGGCCAGUCUCCCUGGAGCUCUAUGCCUGUCACUUGUAUGCCUGGAGGGCCUCCAGUCAUGGCAGCAGUCGACCCGAUGCAGAUGGGAAUGCAGAUGCCGCCGUGGUGGGGUCCCAUGUCUCCUAAAGCUCUUUCUCCAAAGGGAUCUCCAAAGCCUGUUAUGUCGGGGGCUAUUCCAGGAGACGCGGCAUCGACGACAGGUACCAAGAAUCAGGAACAAGGAUGGGAUACCAACGUUGGUCCUCAACAAACCAAGGCUACUUCGCCUCUGACAAAGGUAGCGAGUCCCAAUAACGUGGUUCCUGCUUCUCCCAUCAACAUCAAUUUGACGGUGAAUCCAAAUACACCAUGGGCUGCAUUUGCUAGCGACCUCAGCAAAAAGUCUACUCCGAACAAGAAUGGAUCGCAAAAUGGGAGCAAAAAUUCUUGGGGAUCGAAGAAGAGCACAGACUGGCAGCCCCUGGCCAGCGGCCAGCAUCCUGAUCUUGCUUGGGGCAACACUGCCACGAAGAGCCAGGGAAGUAACAAUUGGAGCAACAAGGGGAGUAACAAGGGAAGCAAUUCGGGCUGGACGAAAAUUGGGGAUGCGAACAAUGAUUCUUGGGGAGCGACUGGAGGCAGUGGAAGCAACAGUGGGUGGAACACCACGAAUACCGCCCAGGCCAAUGAUGCUUGGGGAACAUCCGGCAAUACUCAGAGCAACGACGCCCAGACAACUUCUGGUGGCGAUGGUUGGACGGCGACGAAUGGUACCACUUGGGACAAUACCGACAAUACGGACAAGGAUGGAUGGGGAACCUCCAAUGACCAGUCAGCCGAUCCCUGGGCUAACUCUAGAGGCGACUACAGCAACAACUGGGGAACUGGAUCGAACCAUUCCAACUCGAAGAAGUCAAACAAGAGCCAAAAUGACAAUGGAAGCAAUGGAGGUACCAGCGGUCAAGCCAAGGCUGCUACGGACUGGGAUGGCCAGGGAAACAAUGUUGGCUACUCAGAAUCGGAACGUAAAGUGUCAAACAACUCGAACAAGUCUAGCAAGUCGAAGAAGACUUCACCUCCGCCACCCUCAACCAAUGCUGGCUGGGACAACAACGCUGGGCCUUCGACCAACAGUCCCGUCGGUAACUCAUCCGGCAAGGGCAACGGAAAUAAGAAGAGCUCAAAGCAUGCGUCCAAGGGCGAUACGUGGGCGACUGCUAGCAACUCGGCCUGGACAACAUACAACAACGCUGGCCCAACGACCAACAAUAGCCCGCGCAAUUCCCAAUCGUCGAAGAAGAGCUCGGCAAGCAAGAGGGAAAAGACUGAUCAAUGGGUUUCGGCUGGCGGUGGCGCCGGGUGGGGCCCCGAGACCACGAGCGGCGAAGUCAACUAUGGCCCCACGGCGACUGAGAUGAGCAAGACUUCAAGCAGCAGCAAGAGUAUGCCAGGCGCUUGGGAUACCAACGUCCCUCCUUGGGGAGACCCGACUUUGGCGCAGUCGACAAGCGGUGCGGCAGACCAAUGGUAGAGGUGGCUUUGGCGAAGCCGAGUUCAGAGGGAGCUCUUGCAUGAUAUCGCAGCAAGAGAAGCGAAAAGGCAGUCGGCUGGCGGAGGUAUUUGACAGCAGCUGGUAGAUUUUCUUGGAACCGAGAGAUCUCGGCGUUCAGCAUCUUUUGGGGCAUUUCCCCCAGCAAGGAGAUUGUGGACUUUGGCGAAUGCAUUAUUUGGCGAUGACUUGGGAGGGUGGAGGGGGUUUGCGUGUUGAAGAGACACUGAGUCUUACGAGUCUAGAUUGUUUUACCCGCAUGGGAGGCGCGCGGGACGUUGCAGCUUUCACCUGAGUUCUACACCAGCUGGAUGAGAAACAGCUUGGCACCAGAAUUUGACACAGACAGAUCAAGAAACAUUGAAAC